AAACUAUUAAGCAAUUGACAAUUUCCUGAAGGGAGGUUGGGCCAAUCACUCUCAAAUUUCUCUCCAAAGUGACCCAUCUGGAGUGGACCUAGGUUGGCUGAAUUGGCGCAAGCACGCAGAUUACAUUGUUACACGCACACACAAUGGACUAACUAUCUGAGGGGGAAACUGGAACGAAAGCUCAAAAUCUAUGCUGUGCAUUUUACCACUCCAGAAGUGAGUGACGUCCUCUUGGAAAACUAUUUAUACCAAAUAUUUCAGCAGGUAUGAUUCAGAGGAAGGAUGUGGUUCUGUCAGUUCUAGGACAGCUUCAGGAUGCUACAGAGAGCUCCGGCCUGCACUCCCUCACCAGGGUAGCCCUGGAGGUCCACCAGGUACUGACCCCCUUCACCCUGCCCUCCUCCCCUUGCCAGGAGUUCCCCGGCUGGGCGGGCAUCGACGGCGUAGCCCAUAGCCUGUACCCUGCUGACGCCCCCAGAGGCCUGCUGCCUCUGGUCUGUAAGGGAGAGGGGAACCUGUUGUUUGAUGCAGCCAGCAUGCUGCUAGUAGGGACGACUAGUCUCAGUCUGGAGCUACAGGUGCGUACAGUGGUCGACAUGCUGCUGUGGAAGAGGUACUACUUGUGUGGUAUGAUCGACUCUAAGGUGAUGCUGCAGGCAGCCAGGUUCAGCUUGUGUGCCGAGGAGUCCCAGGACAUGCUCAACCUGCCCCUGUCCGUCCUCGAGGCUAUAUUUGACGCUGAUGUCAAAGCCUCCUGCUUCUCUGGAUCCUACGCCAACAUGUGGCACCUCUAUGCCCUCUCCUCUGUCCUCCAGUGCAACAUCUAUUCUGUCUACCCCAUGUAUAACCUCAAGAUACGACCCUACUUCAACCGCCUGAUAAGACCCAGGUCCUACCCCAAAGACAUGGAUCCUAUCACCUUGCACAUUAUGUGGUCUGGAGAGCUAGAGGUGGGCUCCACCAGCUCCAGAUUUAGACCCAUAAUCUUUGUAGCGUUAGUCCAGGCUAGUGACCUCCGGAUGGGCAGUCCUAACACGGAAAAGAGGGCCCCCCCUCUGUUGAAGACCCAGGAGCUUCUCAAGCAGGACUCUCGCCUAUCCUACUCCAGUCUGAAGGACAAGUACAACGUCACCAAGAGUACCUUCUACCGCUGGAGACGGCAGACACAGGAGCACCGCAAGAAAUCAGCUGCCAGGUACGAGGCCAAGCACUUCGUCCAGGCGUGUUAUCUGAAAGGGAAACUUAUGCCUCUGCACCAGUUUAAAGAGUUCUUCCCUGAGAUCUCCCGGUCCACCUACUAUGCCUGGAAGCACGAGCUGAUCUCGUCCGGUGGUAGUUUCUCCACGGACGAGGUGAGUCCAGGGGACAGCACGGAGCAAGAGUCCUGGUCCUCCCCAGAGUCCAAGCCCAGGCAGGAGGAGGACAAAGAGGUAGAGCCAGACCCAGAGCACCAAGACAGCGUGGCCGGUAUGUUCGGCCUGAACUACAACAAUGAUAAGGUGGACGGGGAACGGGCCCAGAACCUGGCGCUGAUGCAGGAAGCCAAGAAAGUUCUUCAGAACUGCAUCGCUAUGAACACCUCGUUCCCCUUCAGGAUCUUCAAGAGGAGCUUCCCAGGCAUCUCCAGAUCCACUUACUACAACUGGAGAAGGGAAGCCAUGCUGUUCAAUAGAGGCUACAAGGCUAGGAGUAGUGAAGACAACUCUGAUGUGGAUAAGAGUAGUUCCACUGGUGGACUGUCCCCUGUCGGAGGUACUGAGAGACAUGGUCAUGCUGCUGCUGUCUUCCCCAGAAUGAAGAUCUGUAGAAACAACCACAAAGGGUUCAGGAUGGCGUUCCUACACAGGAAGAAGCUGAGAGAAGCAGCCAAGGCGAAGGUGUGGAUGUCAAGAUGGCCGAUGUCCAAGUUCAAAGUGAACUACCCCUCCCUGUCACUCUGUUUCUAUUGGAUGUGGCGCAACGGCCCGAGUCAAAACGGGAAGGAGAAAAGCACCCAUCCGUCUCUGUCUCUAGAGGUGAACAGGCCUGAGAAUAUUAUGGAAAACAACAACGCAGUAACGGAGAAUGUUAACGGCGAGACGGAGAUAAAGCCGAGGGGUCUGACUCAGGACGUGACUCAGGACGUGACUCAGGACGUGUUGUUCUUGGGGGGGGAUCCAACAGAGGGUCUGAGAGGCCCUUCCACAAUGACUUUCGUGACACCCACGUUCGAUGCUCCCCUCCCUUUACCCAUGUCCCCUUUGCCCCUCCCCAACCCAACCAAGAUGUCUACCACCACCACCACAACAGACGACCAGAUGUUUGUGAUGGAUCUGGUGGCCCUGGCUAACUUCAAGGCCAAGGCCAAACUGUUCCUCCAGAAACGCUUCGAGGAGAAGUCCUUCCCCACCUUCAAAGAGUUCAGGUCCUUCUUCCCCCUGACUCCCCGUUCCACCUACUAUAUGUGGAAGAGAGCCCUGCAUCACGGAGUGCCACUGGUACAUGGCUGAGAGAGAGAGGGCAUGGCUGAGAGAGAGGGCAUGGCUGAGAGAGAGAGAGAGAGGGCAUGGCUGAGAGAGGGCAUGGCUGAGAGAGGGCAUGGCUGAGAG